AUGGAUCCACCGAGCCUGGCACUCGUCCUUCAGGCGGCGCUCAGCCAGAACCCAGAGGAGCGAAAAGCGGCAGAGGAGAGCCUCAACCAGGUUAAAAUUCUCUGGGGUUAAUCCGUGCACUUUUCGUUCAUUGCUUCUAGUGUGCUGUUUUUUUAUUCGUGUGAAUAUUAUCCUUUCCCUUAUGCUAUCACAAAUCAUCGUUGUUAAAAAAAGUGCGUGCCAUUUCUCUGCUGCUUUUCGUUAUCGAAUUGAUUAUCGUGCUAAUAUCAGUUAUUUCUGUCAUGACGCCGAGUAUUUGAUGCAUCAAUGUGCCAUUCCAAUGGAACUGGUCGACUGUUUAUCGUUGAUUUGGUGCGACAACUUCAAUGUAAUCCACGUUUUAUACGAUUUGUCUAAGUUUCAAUAGGCGUCUUAUUUGUUAGUCUAGGUGAUAUAUGUAGAUCAAAUUAUCUUUCUUUACUGUCUCUAAGACAUCUGUGUCUAGAAUGUGUCUUUUAUCUAUCGCUACCUAGUCUCAGUGUUAGUCUAGGUGAGCGAGUGCAGUGACUGAGCAUGUCUGUUACCUAGUGCUUUUGGUCUCAAUGUACGGAUUUCGUAUGAAGUGAAAGAGAGUCACGGGGGAAAAAGGAGUGGAAUUUAUUUCUUUUCUAGAUUGAAAAAAGUUAUCUCUGUUCCUGGAGAGUAGCCACCCAAUCAUUUUCUCAAACCGUCGGUGCCAUUAAUCAGUGUUUCGAUAUCAAUUUCAUGGUCUUAGACUUCUUUCUGGUAAUAUUUUCCUCUUGUUUACGUCUGAACGAAACAACGGCAUUUUUUUUACUCUUCCAGCAUUGUUACUCGUGUAAUUCGUGACUUCUGCAUAUCAUUUACUGAAUUCCUAUAUGCUAUGCACAUGUAGUUAUUUGGAAAACUAGUGCUGCACUUUGGCUAGUGUCCUAUUGAACUCUGCCUUAAAUAAUCCGUUUAAGAACUACCAUUUUUUUUUCUUUCUCCCUUCAACAUUUUCAAAUAUCUCUCAAAACAAGCUAGAUUUACAUUGACAAUGUUCUAUAAUAAAACAUUAAAAGAUGCAUUUCUGAGGAUAUUGUCGAGGUAAGAUUUUUGCUCAUGUGUUUGCGCCGCAUGAUAGUCUAUAAAUUCUUUUCUUAUCUCUCUCUUUGCUCAAAGACUUUUUUUAUGCCUAUCGUGCAGUUCCAGUAUACCCCACAACAUUUGGUCAGAUUGCUGCAGAUUGUUGUAAAUGGAAAUCUUGAUCUUGCUGUUCGUCAAGUUGCAAGCAUAAAUUUUAAGAACUUUGUAGCUAAGAACUGGUCACCAAAUGAACCUGGUAUGUCAUUUAGGUUUCUUGGAUAACUUGAAUCUAUCGAUCUGGGUUUUUUGAGGGUUGAUUUGUAACCGCAGGCGAGUCUCCGAAGAUAUCAACCAGUGAUAAAGAUAUUGUCAGGGAGAAUAUUCUUACAUUUAUCACGCAAGUGCCUCCUUUGCUCAGGUAUAAUAAUCCACCACAUUGGUACUAUGUCCUUCCUUCAUGAAUGAGACAAAUCAGGCAAUAGUAGCAGCACGCAAUGCAACUUUGUUGGGAGAGAUUCCAUGGCCACAUGUACAGCAGGAAAGCAGACCACAUACAAUUAAAAGGGCCGUAUAGUCAUGUGAAUUUAUGCAUCUUUAUGUACGGAACGUUUCAUGUGCAUAGUGUUUCAUACAUAAAAGUAAAGACUUUGAUGAAAAUGGUAGUCUAGAGAAAGAAUUUGUUGUUUCCGAAUACAAUUUUACAGGUUUAGUAUUAUAUUGUGGGACUACCGUCAUUUACAUGCAAAAGAGUGGUUUUGAUUAGCUGAUUUCGCUUAUUUUGAGUCACUGGUUCAUUUAUUUAAAUUUAUGAAUGUCUACCAUGCAAAGUGAUUAAUAAAAUAUUGAACAGAUUGUGUUCACUUACUCUUUGAGUACAUGGAUGCUUAAGUUAGACUCCAACAACCUUCCAGGUGAAUACUGUGCAUAAUCUCGUCCAGACAGAAUAAACUUCAUAACUUAUCAUUUGUUUUAAGCCUUAUGGUUGCUUUAGUGUCACUAUGUUGGAGUGAUACAUUUUAAGAAGACUUGAAGCGUUUAUUAUGAAAUGUAGCGAAAUUUCCAGUAAUCUAUUAGGUUAGGCAUCAAAAGUAGAAACCUUUCAAAGAAAAAUCAUCGCCAAAUUGACUAGACAGCCCAUAAGCUCUAAAUGAAAUUUGGAUGAUUACCCACAUUAUUUUUAAAAUGUCCUGUGGUAAAGCAUCCAGAAUUAAAUUACUCUGCAGAUAUUUAAAGUACUUUUCAGAUUAUUCAGGUAUCUUUGCGGAUAUUUAUUUAGUCAUUUUAUUUCCUGAUGAUCUUUCUGAAGGAAAACACUGGGAACCCCUUCAGAUCAUCAUAUAUACUGAAGUGCUCAAGUGAAUACAGAAAAAAUCGUUAUAUCAUUAUAUUAAUUCAUCCGCAGAAUGAUGAUGUCACCUGACAAGCUGGUGUAAGCAAACGUAAAUACAUUCAUACCCCGCAAUGUCAUGCAGAAGAACACAGUUGUAUGGGAAUGGCGACCGAAUUUUUAUCUGAGAUAUGUGCGUGCUUAUGGAAAUAUUUAUAUUUGGAUGUUAUAUAUCGUUCUUUACAUGAGAUACUAUUCCUUGGCUAAGUUUUGGCCUUUCCUCUAGUUCUGGAGUGAAUUUUUCUUUGCCUGCUUGAGGAUGCCAUUCCUUUGCUGAUAGCUCUGUCUUACUGGUUUAAACGAUCUAAUGGUGCCUCCCUUAGAGUCAACGAGCACGAUGUUAUUAUAUCUCUAUGUUGUGCACGCCCUUUAGGAGGAACUGGAAAAAUCAAGUGGGACAAUAUGCUCCUGAUAUCUGACUCCUGACUGUUUUUGUUUUGUCGACUCAUAAUUUUGAUUCCUCAUAAUGUAGGAGGCAACUGGGGAGUGCUAUCUCGAAAUAUUUUAAUUCAAGAUGAAUGCAUGUGUCAGAAAGUUCUCACGAUGAAGGGAGGGAUAUAUUUGAAUUCCAGAUGGACACUUUAAUUCCGCAAAAUCGAACAUUUUAUGAAUUAUAAUUAUUAUAUUUUUAAUUAGAACCCUGACAAUAUCUCCUAGGCCACUACAUCAAAUUGAAUUGGACUACCAAAUGCUUUGCAAGGAUUUGAAUGUCUAUAGUGGAAGGUUGGGUUGUGGUUCUUGUCAUUAGGGUGAUAGAAGUCUGCUGAAUUGUUGAGGUGAAUCCUAUGCGUGAGAAUUGAGAAGCCAAAUGUUUGUAAAGCAAAAUUCGCUAUAUGACCUGUCUUAAGGUCAUCCUUUUUCUGAAGAAGUCAGCCCUGUUUCCUGCAGGAUACAUAAGUGACAGUAUUAGGAUAAAUUAUAAAUUAUUUAGAUACCUUCUUUUUGAAUAUUUAAAUUGUUCUUUGAUCCCUACCCAACGGUUUUUUAAAAUAUAUUACUUCUAAUGUUAUGCUUCUAAAAAAUACAGUUCCAUGUUUAAUUGCUGCUUCCUGAUCGACUACUGUUGGGUUUACUAAUUUAGAUUCUUUCCUUCUUCCAUUUAACAUUUCUCAGAGUACAGCUUGGGGAAUGCCUUAAAACCAUAAUUCAAGCAGAUUAUCCCGAGCAGUGGCCGGGUCUUCUUCAUUGGAUUAAGUGCAAUUUGCAAAUGCAAGAUGAACAAAUAUAUGGAGCAUUAUUUGUGCUAAGGAUUCUCUCCAGGAAAUUUGAGUAAGCUUUUCUGAUGUUUAUCGUUCAUUACAUUUGACUUGUUAUUUGACAAGUCUCUAUCAGAUAUUUUUCUUGGAAAUAGAUUUCACUUGCUUAUUGUUGCUUUAAUUUCUUUGGUGAUGGAUGGUGAUGGCCAGUUUAAGAAAAUGAUUUAGCUCAUCCUUAAAUGAGUUUUUGAUCCAAGUGGCAUGUAUCUAUUGGCAAGACAAGCAUUUCAUAUUUUUAUUUUUUUAUUCUGCCAAAUGGUAAUAUUUUUUUCAUGAUUGUAACAAGGCUUUUCACGUCAUACAUUUCCUAUGACACUGAUUCUAUCUUCUCGUUCUUUAUGAAGGUUCAAGUCAGAUGAGGAGAGGACACCUGUUUACCUAAUUGUUGAGGAGACAUUUCCUCAUCUACUUAAUAUAUUUAACAAGCUUGUUCACGUUGUCCAUCCCCCAGUGGAAGUAGCAGAUCUGAUUAAGCUUAUAUGCAAAAUAUUCUGGUCUUCGAUAUAUGUCUGUUUCUUCAACCUAUAAAUUUUUAUUUCUACCUUGGUAUCAGUUGCUUUGUGCUUAUGUUUUUUAUUCAUUAUCUGCAGUUAGAGAUUCCAAAACAACUCUUUGACCCCACGAUAUUUAAUGCUUGGAUGGUACUUUUUUUGAAUAUAUUGGAGCGAGAUGUUCCCCUUGAAGGCCAACCUUCCGACCCUGAGAUUAGAAAAUCAUGGGGAUGGUGGAAAGUGAAGAAAUGGGCAGUUCAUAUCUUGAAUCGUCUGUUCACACGGUAGACUCAUUCUCAAUAUAGUUCAUUUUUUCGCGUUAUUUAAGGUAAUGCUUUUUGAUUGGAUGUUCUUCAAAAUAUGCUUUAAGGUUCGGGGAUACAAAGAUUCAGAAACCUGAGUGCAAAGCUUUUGCCCAAAUGUUUCAGAAGAAUUAUGCAGGGAAAAUUUUGGAGUGCCACUUGCACCUGCUAAAUAUAAUCUGCACAGGAGGAUAUUUGCCUGAUAGAGUUAUCAACCUUAUUCUUCAGUAUCUGAGCAGCAGGUCAGUCUCUUUAUAUAUAUACAUAUAUAUAUAUAUAUAUAUAUAUAUAUAUAUAUUUCUGAACGAUAUUCUUCGAUUCUGUUUUUUUUCUUUUCUUUUUUUUCAGAAACACUCCGUGUUAAAUGAUUUUGUCACACGAUUUUUCUUAUCACUGAGUAAUUGUGGUAAAUCCUGGGCUUAAGAGUAGUUGCUGUGAGAGUAGUAGCAAUAGGAAUUAAAGAUGGGAUUUUGGAGAAGCAACAAGUGGAUUUACUGGGCUAAUAGGGGACCAUAGGAACUACGGGAGAAGUGGAGGAUUAUCUCCUCGAUGCUUGCUGAUAGCUUUCACUGUUAUCCCUAUAUCCUGAGUGGGAGAAUAUAACGCCGGUUGUGAUUUGUUGGAUUUCCGAUCAAGACAUUAUUGCCAGGAAGUUGAAGGGAAUAGUAAAAAUGCUCAGGUAUUAGUUUCUUCAAUGAGAGUUAAAUUCUCCAAGAACUAAUGGAAUGUAGUGAAAUGCUUCUUAUGUGGUUGUAUUAAUCACAUUUGAAGAUGAAUCCAGGCCAUUAGGACUGAAAGGUUUGGAUAGCAAAGUGAUUGCAAUUCCCUCACCACAUUUUGGUAACUGAGAGAUUUCUCGCUACCAAUUGAAAAACCUUGAGUUCUCAGUUUGCAUUCCGUUGAAUGUUGCUCAGUUUGGAUACAAUUGAGUUCACAGAACAGGGGAAUCUUAUCCCAGGUGCAACUUGUAUCUUCUUGUCACCAUUAUAAGGAAAUUGAAAGGACGUAAUGAAUAGAGAUAAAGUCUUAAAAGGAGUAGACAGAAAGCAUACCUACCUGAAGAUAACCUUGAUAACUUCAUGUCGUCUCAUAUUAAAAAUGGCCGAUGCACGUAAUAGUUAUGAUCUGUACGGGUGAUUUUAUAUUUAGUAUAUAUGCUUAAGUUUUUUUGGAUAUUAGUACUUAAAUUUCGAUUGUCAAGUGCUGUUUAUUUCGUUAAAACUGCUGGAAGAUAACUUGAACCGAUCACAUUUAGUUUUUAGGAAACAGAGUCAGUUGAUGCAUGCGAUCUUAUGUUGCAGUCUUUCAAGGAACAGUAUGUAUCAAUUAUUGCUGCCACAACUGGACAUUCUUCUUUUUGAUAUUAUUUUCCCGCUCAUGUGUUUCAAUGACAAUGAUCAAACUUUGUGGGAUGAAGAUCCUCACGAGUAUGUCAGAAAAGGUUACGGUGAGUCUUAUUGUCUUGGCUAUUUCAGAUAAUAUUAUAUUCAGGUUGUACGUUUACCAGAAUAUUGAUGAAACAUUGGAUAUGCUAAUUCAAUAUAAUGCUUCAGAUAUUAUUGAAGAUUUGUACAGUCCUCGUACUGCAGCAAUGGACUUUGUCAGUGAAUUGGUACGGAAACGUGGAAAGGGAAAUCUUCAGAAGUUUAUUCAGUUCAUUGUGGAGAUUUUCAGACGGUAAGACGAGGACAUCACUAUGCUGUCAGAUAGUUUUGGCGUUACAAUGUAGCUGAAGAAAACUCUGAUAUGGUCACAUAAGGCUGCUCCCCCUAUCGUGCUUCAGCAGAUAUGCAUGUUUUAUACAUAUAUUUAUUUUUUAUACAGGUAUGAUGAAGCUGCUCCUGACUUUAAACCAUACCGGCAGAAAGACGGUGCUCUGCUUGCUAUUGGCGCGUUGUGUGAUAAACUAAAGCAAACUGAUCCUUACAAGUCAGAGCUCGAGCGAAUGCUAGUGCAGCAUGUUUUCCCUGAAUUCAAUAGCCAUCUUGGGCACCUCAGAGCAAAGGUCCUAAUCAUUCUUUAACAUGAUUUUCUCUCUAUUGUUAUCAUGCUGUGCUAGUACCAAUUUAGAAGUCCCACGAUCUCUCCCUUCUUCCUUUAGGUCCUCUCUCUCUCUCUCUAACACACGCGCACACACAUCCCUCGACGUGCGCACACUCCAUUUUACCUAAUUAACGUGCCAUAUUGAUGCUGUCUGUGCACCCAGAUUGAUGGGAACUCUCCCUGUGUUAUUGUCUGAAGGACGAAUCUGUUGUUUUUUACUGAAAUGUUACUAUUUCUUGUCAAGCAGCCAGUAGAUCACUCUCCACUGUUUAAGUUGACUAAGAGAUGUCCAACGAGUAUAUCUUUUUGGAUCUGAUCUACUUCACAUUUUGUAUAAAACUAUCUUUGUCUAUUCGGUGAAUGCACAAACAAUUUACAGUACUUUUGGUAACUGGUAUGUGAUCAAACAGUUUUCUUAUGAGUUUGGUGAUAAAAUUAUAGUCGAGAUAACACACGGUCUGGAGCUCUGAUAGGCCCCCAGCACUCGUGGAAGAAGAACUCAAACUUUAUUGAUCAAGAAAACUUAUUACAAGGAGAGCGGGAUCCAGUAUUUAUACCAAAUCUCUAGAAGGUUCUAGACAUACUGAUGUAACACGAAAUGAAAGGUACAUGAGGACAUAUAUGUAAACAUGUAAGGUAUACAGGUUAUUAAGUACAUCUCGACAACAGAAAUAAAAUGCAAUAAAUCUGUCUGUGACUCUAUUUCAGUUGUUCCAAAGUAAUUUGCCAACAUUUAGUUUAACUUUCUAUGGAUUUUUGGUUCUGUCAAUUAUCUGAGGAACAAUAAUCAGUUGUCCAGUUAGAAUAUGUGAAAUCUUGUCCUAGUGUACAUGUAAGAUCUAUUUUCAAUCUUACUGUAUUGGGGGGGAACAAUGUUUCUUUGCUGUAGCCUUUAUGGAGACCUAUUUUUUUGUUUUUGGGAAAAUGCGAUGAAUUCUGUUCGAUUUUGAUUUUUGUAUUGACAUGUCCAACUUUGUAAAUAAGGCGGCGUGGGUUGCUGGUCAGUAUGCUCAUAUCAACUUCUCAGACAAGAACAAUUUCCGUAGGGCUUUGCAUAGUGUUGUUGCUGGACUGCGUGAUCCGGAGCUUCCUGUGCGCGUUGACUCAGUUUUUGCAUUGCGCACUUUUGUUGAAGCUUGCAAAGGUUUUUUUUUUUUACUUAUCUCUUUGCUACCUUUUUCCCAUGGGUAUGUAAUAAUUAUAAAAUCCUCUGCAGAUUUGAAUGAGAUUCGUCCUAUUCUUCCCCAGUUGCUAGAUGGUAUGUUUCCAUUUUUCUUGUUUUUUCUAGAUUUAAAUCAUUCAUAACGUUUUUGACCUCCUUAUAAAUGGCAUGUUCAGAAUUCUUUAAACUCAUGAAUGAGGUUGAGAAUGAGGAUCUUGUCUUCACUCUGGAGACAAUCGUGGACAAGUUUGGUGAAGAAAUGGCGCCUUAUGCUAUUGGAUUAUGCCAGAAUUUGGUAAUAUGUUUACACUUGUAGAAGUAAUGUUAAACCUGCUACUUGACGUUAGCUAUUUUGGUAUUUACCGGUUUCUCCUUAUUUCCAGGCUGCUGCCUUUUGGCGGUGUAUAGAUUCAUCUGAGGCGGAUGAUGAGGGUGAUGACCCUGGUGCUCUUGCAGCUGUUGGUUGUUUGCGAGCCAUUAGCACAAUUCUCGAAUCUGUCAGCAGGCUUCCUCAUUUAUUUGUUCAAAUAGAACCUACUCUGCUGCCUAUAAUGAAAAGGAUGCUUACUACCGAUGGCCAAGGUACCCUUGAUUAUCUAGUUCAACACAUGCUUUUGACUUUGCGUUCUGUUGACUGUGGCUUGCCUUAGCUGAAGAAUUUCUCUGAAUUUUAUGACUUUAAAGAACUGUAUCUCAUCAGAUGUUGUAUAGAUUUCUGUGUUUUCUUCCCCUGAAAUGCUUUGUUAUGAUGGAUGUCAUAUUCUAUGCGUAGAGAAUGCGAACCUUCCAUUUUCUUUAUCAUGAUUGAUGUGCCAUCAAUGGUAGUUAUAAGCAACUCUGGCUUGAGAUAUGGUAACGCCGUUGCAAUUGUGAUACUCUUUAUGGAGUGGGGAAUACCUAGCUGUUAAAGACUGGGAGUAUAGUCUAAUAGAGAAUCAAUAGAAGCGCUACAUAAGGAAAAAAAUAAUCAUCUAGGAUUUCAUCAGCUUGCAAAAAAGGCGUCCAUUUCUUCGUACAACCCAAAAGUCAUGCUAUAGCGUAAAGGUGAAUUGUUUGGUUGCUCCCCAUCCGAUCUAAUCUUUCCUAGCUUUUGUGUCUGCUGGAAUAAUCGCUUUUUCCCACAUUGCCAGAAUGUUUCCUGAUACGAUAAUGUAAUGGCUUUUAUGCUCCUUCUACUCUCUAAUAUCUAUGACAACAACCCUGGCAGGACCGAGUGCUAAUGUUGAUACCACCCAAAGGUAGCAUUCAUGGCGUCCUGAUAUCUCGUUUGGAUCACAAUGUGAGGGAGUGUGGUCCAUGACCUUGCAUUACAUAAACACCAAAAGUACACAUCUAUGCCAAGGAAAUCCGCCCUUCUUACAGGCAGAUGUGAUGGUGAGGCAUCAUCAAAUUAUUAGUUAGUCGUUAUGCACGGCAACUGUGGGAUAGAUUUAUCUAUUUGUGAGAAAAGGUUCAUAUAACCACACAGGUGGCCAUAGCUUGGUGAUAUUCUAAAUAAAGUGCAAUUCUCAUAUGUGGCCACAUCUAUGCCAAUGAAUCGUGUUACAAUAAUCAUGGUUCCGUGACAUCACUUUCGUCUGCAUCCCUUUAAUUUAUUCUUACAUGUUUUCUGUUUAUGUGAGAAUAUGAUGAUUUAGUGUUGUUCCUGAAAGAUGCAGCGUUCUGAUCUCUUGUUACCAUUUCACUAUGCUUUCUCCAAUCAUUCUUCAGCGUUCUUAGAGUGGUGAUCAUUUGUUCCUUAUGGAUUUUCUAUCACGAGCACCUCCUUCCUUAGGCAAUGUCAUCUUAGUAGCUUUCUUAAGAUCUGUUAGACCAUAAAUCCUCUAAGGACCAUCUUUCUCUCAGUAUCUGCUUUGGUUUGUGAAACAUUUAAUCAGGGUUGCGAAAAUUAUUUGUAUGUUGUGCGAAGGCUUACUAUGGAGGAACUAACCUAUUCUACGAUUUAUACAGUCUGGAUAUUGAAUGACUGUUUGUUUCCCUGUAUCUUGAUGUACACAAAAGUUUCUAUCGGUUUUCUCAAUGUAUUGUUGCUGUAGAAGUCUGACAUAUUCUUUCUUACUUCAACAGAUGUUUUCGAGGAGGUUUUGGAGAUUGUCUCCUAUAUGACAUUUUUUUCUCCAACAAUCUCAUUGGAGAUGUGGAGUCUAUGGCCCCUAAUCAUGGAAGCGCUUGGCGAUUGGGCUAUCGAUUUUUUUGAAAGUAUGUGUAUAUGGCGCCUGGAAUCUCAAUCACAGUUUAUACUCCCUAUUGCCUGCCAUAGUUGCAUUUUUUCAUUGCUAAUAGUCAAGUUAUAAUAAGUCCUCAGUAUCAAUUGAGUGUUAAUCAACAAGUGUUCAGUAGUGGUGAUUUAGUUGUCCAGGAAUUUGGCUUAGGUUAGUUAAUUCAUUUGUUCAUAACGUUUAUGACUGUUUUCAAUCUGUGAAAAUAUAAGAUUUUUAACAAUUGAUGCGAGCUCUAUAUUUUGAGGUACAUUUUGUUGGUAAAUAUCAAUAAAAUUUUGGAAUUUUUUCUCUUUCAUUAUUUUUUACUAAUAUAGGAUUUAUUGAUGUUGUUUUCAUCUACGGUUCUCUGAUAUUACUGGCCUAGGAAUGGAUUCAUUUAUUCUGCAUUAGUAUCCUUUGAGUUCUUAUAGUGUUCUUUGUAUGCUGUAGAUAUUCUUGUUCCAUUAGACAACUACAUAUCCCGAGGUACAUCACAUUUUUUGACAUGCAAGCAACCGGAUUACCAGCAAAGCCUUUGGAAUACACUUUCAUUGGUGAGUACUUACGUGAAACUUAUUUUUUCAAACAGAAGCACCUUGUUUUGAAUCUGGGCACCACAUAUUCAAUAAAUUUCUUAAAGAAAUGGGAGAUUUGCAUUUAUGCUCUCAAUAUGCUCGGACGAACCAUCUGGAUAAGCUCUCUUUUGUUUAUAUAAUCUUCCAACUAUUCGAAGUUGAAGAGUGCCGUCCUUCGCUACUAAAACAUUCCCAGUAGACUCUUAGAGACCACUUUAUUUAGCACUUGUCUUCUGAGUGUUAUUCCUAUAUUUCCAGAUGGCCUAAAAAGUGAAAACAUGGCGCAUUAACCUCUGAGUGCCAACUUCCACACUACUAAAGGAAUAUGAAAAGGGUGCAGGCUUAACAUCCUUCUCACUAGAAGAGGAUUGGAUGAUAGGGAAGACACUGUGCUCCGUAUGAUCAGAAGGAUGGAUUUGGCGUGACCGCUCCUUGUGCUGUCAAACUUUCACCACAGUCAGCUCCAUUAUCCUCUGCAUUGCAGUCUUCACACUUUAUAGGUUUUCUGGAAUGUCCUCGUUCUUUAUUUCCAGUGAACUGCGAAGCAGUAGCAUGCAGCUAAUCACACUUGUCAGAUAAUGGCUAGCGGUCUUUGGUUCAAUUCCUGUAGAAAGUCUUUGGUUCCUUCCGUUUAACAUUUUAUGAAGUGAUUUGGGUUCUAAUCUUUUUUCUUCAUUUAUUGACAGAUCAUGUCAGACAGAAAUAUAGAGGAUGGCGAUAUUGAGUCUGCUCCCAAGCUUAUUGAAGUAGUCUUUCAGAAUUGCAAAGGUCAGGUGGAUCAAUGGGUCGAACCGUAUCUAAGACUCACAAUUGAUCGCUUGAAAAGAGCAGAGAAACCUUACCUAAAAUGCCUAUUGAUAAAAGUGGUGAGCAGUAUAUUACAACCAUGUUAUUCAGUUCUCUAUUUCCUUUAUGCUUUUAAUGCCAAAUAAACAAGUUAUGUUUUACUUCACAUUUCUUGGAAAAAACUAGAUUAAGUUGAAUCAUCCUAAACGUUGCAUAAGUAUUUUCCUAACACUGAGCUGUAUAUACAUUUGAUCAAUUCAUGGUUUGUUUCUCCGACUGUGUUGUUUAAUUUAUUAUUGUGGUGAGGGCAAAAACCUAGAGAAAUCUCACGCAAAUAUUCGCUGCUUUUCCAUGGCUUUUGCUAAAGACGUAAUCGCUUUUCCUCCCAAUUUUCGUAUGAUUUGAUUCAAGAUCUUCUUGUUGAUGAAAGUUGACCUUAAUCUGCUUAAUAAUCAAUCAAAGUGGAUGUGGCUUUAUUUGUCAGACAUAGGAGUUGCCAUCCUCCAUCAAUUUUACCAAGGACUCAUCAGUCACAAAUAUGGUUAGAGAGCUGAGGCUCUUUUCGCUGACAAUUGUCAUGGCAAAUAAAGUUAUGUGAGAAUUCAGAUUCGAUAUACUGCAGAAUUUUCAAGGCAUUCCCAUAUGCCUUGAUAGCUAGGUGGACUGAAUGCCUCGAGUAUAAGGAUAAGGCCUCGUUGCUGCAUCAUCUCCAAUAUUAUUGAUCUUUGGAUAUCACCCUUGCCGUCCUUCUUGUCUCUGUGCUUGAAUGCUUUUGCUGUGGAAGGCUCAGUGCGGAAAAUUUUCAUAUUUUUCUUUUCUUGCGCUGAUUUCAAAUGUGCGAUCUUUGAUCCACAGAUUGCGGACGCCCUUUAUUACAACCCAUCUUUAACUCUUGGUACACUUCAAAAGCUCGGGGUGGCGACGGAUGUCUUUAACCUCUGGUUUCAGAUGCUACAACAAGUUAAGAAAAGCGGCAAGCAUGUAAACUUUAAAAGGUAUUUCCGUCAUAGUUUAUUUAUUAAUAUUUUACCUUUUUCCAUUGUUGUUUGCCUGCCUCUCCCCUGUGGCACCCACCCUCAAGCUUGUCUUCUCUCUGUUUCAGGGAGCAUGAUAAGAAGAUCUGCUGCUUGGGAUUGACUUCACUAAUGGCUCUCCCUGCGGACCAGUUGCCGGGGGAAGCAAUGGCACGAAUAUGCAAAGCAGCCCUCGAGCUGCUGGUCUUGUACAAGAAUCAAGUUGCAGGUGCCGCACUGUUUAUUACAUCUUUCCGUUCAUGUUUCCCUGUAUUUUAUUCCUUUAACUGUAUGCUAUAGUUCCAAUAAUCCAAAUCCUUAGUUAUUCACCCUUGUGUAUGUCGGUUUGAUGAAUCUUGGGGCACUGACGCACACUAAUUUCCCAAUUUCGGAUAAGAAAAACAAGGAUAAGAGAGGAUGAGAAAAGAGGGAAAGUAAUAGUUUAAUUUGUUCUUCCCUCGUAUAUUUCUUUUAUCUCAUAUUUAGUCUUGUAAUGAAAGUACGCGGGGAAUCAACAACCUGAAGGACAUCUGAGUUUCAUUUGUUCUGUGCCAUUAUUUGUGAGUGGUCAGAGUCUCAGAAGAAGGAUGAUGGCAAUGACGACGAGAUGGAUGGAUUUCAAACUGAUGAGGAGGAUGACGAUGAGGAUGACUCUGACAAGGAAAUGGGAGACGACACUGAAGAAGGAGAUGAAGCAGACUCAACGAAGCUUCAGAAAUUAGCAGCUCAGGUGUGGAACCAUGCUCUUUGAACUUUUAACUAAAAUUUUCAAUUAUCCUGUGCUGGGACAAUUAAACUUAAGGUAUCACUUAUACCAUGAUAAUAUGUUGACCUGGCCCUUUAUUUUGAGGAAACUGAGACUUUGUUGCAGUCAGCAUGUUAGAUAUCUAGUUUUCAAAUAUGCUGAUCUGGAACCUUUCCUUGGGCAUUUAAUUUAAGCUGAAAUUCUUUGGAUAACUCACAUUUUUUUUAUCACAUAGUUAUGCUAUGGAAUGCACAGUUCACUAGAACAGGGAUUCCAAAGUAAAUGACGGCAGUGGGCAGAUGCAUCAUCCCUUUAGAUUCUACGACCUACAUUCGUCUGGUAUUAGGGGUAUAUUAGGUCCACCUGUUCGUUAAUCCAAUGAUAGUUUUUCAGACCUGCUGUAUUUUUCUUUUCCCAUAAGCGUGCCCUUCAGAACAUAUUUGAAUUCAACCGUGUUUCUCAACCUCCCAAGCAUCGGUAAUUUCAGGCAAGGGCUUUUCAACCAGACGAAUCCGACGAGGACUCCGAUGAUGAAUACACUGAUGAUGACGAAGAGGAGGUCGAGUCACCCAUUGACAGCGUUGACCCCUUCAUUUUCUUUGUGGAGACCGUGCAAGGUAGCCCCCCUCUCUCUCUGUGCACCAACCCCAGAAGCCGCCCUUCCCAUCUCUGGUGCUCCUCCAUUCUCUCUCUAACUAACACCUCCCCCCCCCCCUCUUCAGUUGUUCAAGUAUCAGACCCAGCCAGGUUCCAAACCCUGAUGCAGAGCCUGGACUUCCACUACCAGGCUCUCGCCAGCGGAAUAGCGCAGCAUGCAGAGCAGAGAAAGGCCGAAAUAGAGAAGGAGAAGCUCGACAAGGCAUCGGCCGCUUCGUGA